UACAGACCCUGCCACAGGCAUGGGUGUCCACUAUGUGCGGCGCCAAACCUACGAAUAUUGGCGGCAUUGUUAGGCAAUUGAUCUGUUUAGUCCUUGCGACACUGCUCAGGAUAAGCGUUUAGAAGAUAGAUGGAUAGAUAGAUAGAUGGAUGGAUUGAAGUUUUGUUCUGUCUUUUAUUCACUUUUAUUCGCUGUCCCUUUGCGCGCGUAGUUGUCUUAUUUGGUCUAAUAAACUGUUGAUUGUUAACCUUCACACCUUUGUUAAUGCGCUAAAAUGACGGGUUACUUUCAAAAUUGCUAUAAUUCAGUGAAGCGGGGUCCCGCUGAUGUCGAUAAGCGACGUUCAUGGGGAAAAAAACUUUUUAUAUAAAACCUCCCCCCACAGAGAAAAUAAUAAAUCUAAAUGGUUUGCAUUGUUACAACUCUUUGUUCAGUUAGCCUCACAUUUUCAUUUUUUUUAAACAAUGAGCUAAUGCCUUCUAAUCACCGCCCAGUUAUUGCAAAAUGUCAUUCACAACUGCGUAGACAGUUUCAAAACAACAAAACCCAGAAGGUUAUAUUUUCUAAACAGUCCAAACGAAUAAAUCUUACCAACAUUUGUUACACUUAUUUACUGUUGAUAAACAUAAUAAAGUCAUUUUGUGUUGGAAAAAAUGAAGGGGCUUUGCAGUAAUUCCACGGAGCUUAGCAUUCACUGUUUUGAUAAUAUUUAGCUGGAGAAGCUGGGUUGUGUACAACACUAAUACCGAAUCUAACAACCCAGGUGUCGGCGGAAUAUCCCCGAUCUGAUCUGGCAAUCCCGUUGUAUCGGUGGGGAGCGACUGAAUCCAAUCUGGCAGCCUAUGUACCUUGCCAGAGCGCGCCCCCCGAAUGUUAUCUGGCAACCCAGGUCUCACGGUGGCGUGCACAACGUAUCCAAUCUGGCAGCCCUGAAGUGGUUUAUCUGGCAACCUCAGAUCCAAUCUGGCACCCUGGUACCGGCCGUACCGAACUCCGCAGAUUCUACACCGCAUGAGAAAACAAGUAACUUUGUAAGGACGGGAUUGUGCAGUGGCAUGUGUUGAUACAUCAGUGAUGUUGGAAGGUGCAUGAGAAGAAAAGGUGGAUAAUUGCAGUGCACCUUUCGGGCGUUGGUCACAGCUCUGAACUCGUGAUCGAUGGCUGAGAGUCUAGGUCACUGGAUUACUGCCUUCUCAGACAUUGCUCUGUCACUCACUGCCCUGUACACUGCUGGCUGUCUUUUCAAGGAUCACCGGGCCCCGGCUGUGGGCCUUUUCCUGGUUGGAAUCUCUGCAGGAUUAUCCUCACUUCCUGAUUCCAGUCUGCUACCAGCAUGCAUCAGGCAGGACCUGGAGUGGGCGGGUGAAGCGCUGGGCCCGGCGCUGGUCUCCUUCGACUUCCUGUGGCUCAGUGAAGACCGACUGACAGCCCAGGUCCUGCUGGCCUGCUCAGUGCUGCUCCCCGGGCUACGUGAUUGGCUCUCUCAGGAGGGCCUGGUAUCUCUGACACACUGCCUGGCGCUUUCAUCACUGUCCUGCUCGCUCACUGUGAGCCUCUUCACAGGCAACGCCGCUGGGGUGCUGGGAAGCGUGGCCCUUUGCCUGCCUGCUCUUCUGGCCCCUAAGGCAGGAGCCAGUGCUCUUUCUGGUUUCGUUAUGGCUGGGACCAGAGAAGAACCAUUGAACUGGCUCUUAAAAUGUUCAUUGGUGAUGGGAUGCCUGUCCAUAAAACAGGCACUCUGUACAUACCUUCUGGAUCUUAAGAGAGGAGAGUGAGUUGUACCAUUUAUCACAGACUUGAAAAAAUUGAGGCUUUGGAAGCUGUGCUGCUUUGGAUGCUUCCAGUCUUUGUAUGCAUUCACCCAAUGGGAGCCCUUUAAGUUUAGCACGUCCCAUUGGUUACCAUUCAAUGACUGACAGCGCAGUGCAGUUCCCUGCACUUCAAAGUGCCUUUUUGCUGUUCAGCCCUGAGAGGAAAGUCCCCCCCCCCCCCCCCCCCCCAUAGAUGUGCUUUGCAUUUGUGCUGACCUACUUAAUCCGCAAGCGAGAACCCACAACGGGAGGCUCGCAUUACAAAAUUCACACCCACAAGGUUCAGAUAAAAGUGUCAGUAUAUUUGAGAGAGGUCACAUGCCCCGUAGUGACGGAGUCAUGCAGCUGUGGGAGGCCAUUGUUGCUGGGAGGUGGGAGUCACAGUGAAGCUCAUUGUUCUGGGGGGAAGAAAGGCAGGGAGGAGAGCUUCCUGUUAUCAGAUAUCUCUGUGGAUGAUCACAUCGUAAACUAGACUGUUAUAAUGAUCAUUAUCUUUGUUGUUUUAAAGUUAACCUCCCGUAUUAGUUGGACUUUUCCAGAAGUUGUUUUUCUACAAGAGUGAAUUGUCAUGCAUGACUCUGGACGGUUUAUGUGCAGGAAUGGGCAUGAUUGAUAAGGAUCUCAGUAAGGGCUUGGUGAGUUUGCUUAAUCCUCUGUCUCCUCACCAUCGCGUGUGUCUGAACCAGAGACUUUGCCUUUAAGCCUAAAAUAAAAAACCUGUUUUUCAUCACAACGCUGUAACUGGAACGUGGCCACUGAAACCAGACAGCCGGCAGCGUGUUUUGAGAACGCACCUUCUCGGUGUUUGCGGGUGUGUUUCGGGGCCUCGUGUGCUUGGUGAGCCACGUGCCCUCUGCUGACGCAGCCCCUUUGCAGGAGCAGCAGGAGCACAGAGGCCUGGGAUCAGCAAUUACGUGCUGGCCCACGUCCCAGUGUGGGUGCACCACGCGUCCAUCAAGGCCACGUAUAAUGAGAAAGCUUUCCUCUUAUCCUAUUUAGAAUUCGGGUGCCUAUUGUUUAGUUUAAGAACCUAUUAACAAGAAAAAAUGCAAAGUAUUUAUAUAAUGUUGCAGUUGCUUAAUAAAAAAACAGCUGUUAUCUCAACAUGUCAUUUUGAAUGUUUUUUUUUGCUAGAAAUUAUUAAUGUCCAAAGGCAUGUGUGAUAAAUUAUGGUAAAAAUGCGUUUUUUUCAUUUAGCUGUUGAACUGGCGUCGGUAGUUAAUAAAAGGUCACUACGGAGAGUCUAGGAAGCUUUCAGAGGGAUGUUACUGUGACCUCUAUCAUAAAGUGAAUUGUCGUUCAGUAUAAUAAACCUGAAAUCCCCCAGCAAAUCACACUAUGAGCGUAGUUUAAAAUGAUAAAUUUAGAUACAAUAUCCCUAGUUUUAUUUCUUUCCUGAUGAAGAUCUGUAAUUAUUAUGCAACUGUAGUUCUGUUUCCUUUAUAUUAAUAAUAAACGGAAAUCCCUUCUAGUUUCCUGUCUGAAUGUGCUACAUUAUGCUUUUUGACAAGCAUGCUUGUGUAAAAUAACGUUUACUGAUCGAAUAACGGGGGCAGCAAGUCACAACGCACACGCUGCCCUUGAAGCUAGCAGGGUCUGGUUUGUCUCAUUCGUCUCCCUUACUCCUGCUUUGCCACUGCGGAGGAGAGAGGGAGCGCACUGAGCAUGCUCUGUAGCAGCAACCUUUAGAUGGAUUAUUUGGGGGGAGGGGGGGCUUCGCGGAAGCCAGCAGAGCCGUCAGCAGUACAGUGAGGGAGGGGGAAUCUGUGGGAUUCCUGCUGUCGAGGCAGAGAAGAUACGAAGCCGGGGGAUCGGGGCAGGGUCGAUGGACGGGAGGGAGACAGGCUGCAGGUGACCACGGGUCUGAAAGGAUGCGGCGCUUCUCAGCGGUAAAGUGGAAGGGUACAUCAGACCAAUGUGGCUUCCAGCUGAGAGCGGGUAGAGGACCAGAGAUACGACCUCAGAAACAAGCAUCUGGACCAGGAAUAAUCUGCUGGUCACCUUAAUGAAAAUGAACACGAGUCUCAUGGAGCAAGUGACCACUGGGACUGGUAACUGAUUCCGAGUCCAAUUUCCAGGUCAAGAUUUUGCAAUGCAAAAUUCAUUUUUAUUUUUGUUAUUUUUUUAGUGUUGUUAUUAUUAAACUCCUCAGAAAAAUUCUCCGGUGCUGAGCUUAGGUGCUUUCAUCCUUUUAAUGAUUGCCACUGUCUUCUGGGGUAUUUAAAAUUUUGUAGCAAUGUAUGCUUUCUACUCUCUGCUGGUCUAUAUCUUCUACACGGUCUUCAAGAAGGAGGAGUUAGCCCUAGAGGGGGAGGGGCCUGACAGAGCCAGCGAGCAGGUAUGUUUGGCUGUAAGGCCCUAAUCGCCACGAGACGUCCAAUCAGGGGAAGUUCUUCUGUAACGUAUAUAUCUUGUUCCAUAAAAGUCACAGUCGACUGAUAGAAAAUGUGCGGCUUCCAUAUUUCGUUGAGGAAAAUUCCAGUGUCGUGGUGUUUGUCAGUAAAGUCUGAUCGUUUUAUUUCAUGUCGGCUGUUAGAUAUUUAUUCGUUUUCUCCACACAUCCUCUCACAGAAUGAUAUGGAGACGAGGCAUGUUUCCAUGGAAACACAGAGCAAGAGCAGAAAUGGCCACACCCCCAGUUUGGCACAAAGAGGGUUUGACAGGUCCAGUGACUCUGGGGGCAGUAGCAGUGACAGUGAUGGUCUCAGUGAUGAGGAAGAAGAUGAUGAUGAUGGUGACCAAGACCCGGGAGCUGCCGCCGGCACCCCACUGGCUGCAUUUCUGUCUUUCAAGCAGGAAGCGGAGCGGAGGACAGGCUCCCAGGGCUCGCUGGAGCACGGAGGAAAGGUCCCUGAGUCCCCGCUGGUGGUGGUGAUGUCACACCUGCUGAGCUUCCUGGAGCAGUACGCACACCUACAGCAGCUGCAGCAGCAGGCCGAGCGGUACCGCUCUCAGCUAGAGCAGCGCCACGCCCGGCACAGGCGCCAGGUCCGGGUCCUUCGGGCCUCCUACCGCCAGCGGCUCCGCGACAAGAACAGCAUCAUCAGCAGCCUGGAGGAGGCCAUGGCGCAGCAGCAGGCCGGCUCCCUGGGGAGCGACGCAGGGGACUGCAGCCCAGAGCCUGGGUUCCAGGCCGGGUUGCACAGGCUGGUGGAGUCUCUGUGCGGCCUGCAAGGCGAGAGGAGCCGGCUGAGCAGUGAGCUGCACUCACUGCACUGUCAGCUGGAGCAGAACGACCAGGACCGGCAUGUGCGGGCGCAGGCCUGCCAGCAGCAGAUCGAAGAGCUGAAGAAGUGCAUUGAAGAGAGGGAGGAGGAGCUCUCCAGACUGAGGGCGGAGUCUGGCGUGACGGACUCGGAGAAGCGGGUCGUCUGCCUGACAGCCGAGAACGAGAGCCUGAAGCAGAGCCUGGCUGUGACUCAGGGUCUCCUGCAGCAGUUGUCGGUCCUCCCGGCUCAGUCAAGCUCCAUGCUCCUCAAGGAGAACGAGACAUUGAGGAGCCGCGUGCAGCAGCUGGAGAGCUCCCUGCACCAGCGGGGGGAGCAGCUCUCCCACCUGGAGCGCCGCAGCGAGCAGUCCGAGUGGCAGCGAUGCCAGGAGCUCAGGAGGCGUGAGGAGAGGCUGAAGGAGCUACAGCUGGAGCUGGACAAGGAGCGGGGCAAGGAGCCCACGGUCCAGUACGUUACCCGGACCAUGGAGGUGGAGUCCCCAGCGACACAGAGGCAGCUGGCCGAGGCCAGGGAGAGGAACGAGCUACUGUCAGAGAAGCUGUCCACCCAGAGCAAGACGUGCCGGCAGCUGGAGAAGCGGCUCAGGCUCUCUGACCAGGAGGCUGCUGGUCUCCAGCAGAAGAUCGCGGCCUAUGAGGUGGAGAUAGAGAAGCUGCGAAGGGAGCUGCUGAAGGAGAUCGGCCACCUGGAGGAGCGUAAGGAGGAGGCAGUGAGAGCAGCCGCCGAGUGCUCCGAGCAGCAGCUGCAGAGCCUACGACAGCAGUUCAUGGGCCUGCAGAAGCGGCUGGCUGCCCUGCCCCCGACCCUGCGCUCCAUGAAGACGGACUACGCCAGCCUGCGCAGCCAAGUCCGCAGCUUCUCCGACUUCUACGGGGCCGCUGUGGCGGAGGCCAAGAAACAGCUUUCUGUGGUCAUCAGUGAGAUGUCGGAGGCCAACAAGGAGCUGCUGGAGAAGUACAGGAAGGAAGUGGCGCUGAGGAGGAAGUACCACGAGCAGCUGCUGGAACUUAAAGGGAACAUCCGUGUGCUGUGCCGCGUGAAGCCUGUCCUGAGGGAGGACCAGCAGGAGGACGGGCAGGCGGUCGUCGUGACAACUAACCCCGACAAUGAGUCGGCCGUCAUCGUGCUGCACAAGGGGAAGAGUCGCACGUUUGAACUGGACAAGGUGUUCCAGCCUCAGGCCACUCAGGAGGAGGUUUUCCAGGAGAUUGAACCCCUCGUGACCUCCUGCAUUGACGGAUAUCAUGUCUGCAUCUUCGCUUAUGGACAGACAGGAUCUGGGAAAACAUACACCAUGGAGGGCACCGUGGAGAACCCAGGUAUCAACCAGCGCGCUCUGAAGCAUCUCUUCAGUGAGAUUGAGGACAAGAAGGACAUGUGGACCUACUCUGUCAACGUCAGCUCGGUGGAAAUCUACAACGAAGUUCUCAGGGAUCUGCUCAGUAAAGAUGGAGAGAAACUGGACAUCAAGAUGAACCCAGAUGGCACUGGCCAGCUCCAUGUCCCUGGUCUUAGGGUUACUGAGGUUAAGAACUUCAAGCACAUUAAGAAGAUUCUGGCCACGGCAAAGCGGAACCGGGUAACUUUUGGGACCCAGAUGAACCACAACAGCUCUCGCUCCCACGCCUUGCUGACCAUCACUGUGCUGGGAACAGACCUCAUCAGCGGCACCAAAACAUGCGGCAAGCUGAACCUGGUGGACCUGGCUGGUUCAGAGCGGGUGUGGAAGUCCGGGGCAGAGGGCGAACGCCUCAAGGAAGCCCAGAACAUCAACCGCUCCCUGCUGGCGCUGGGAGAUGUAAUCCAGGCACUGAGGGGCCGGCAAACACAUGUGCCGUUCAGGAACUCCAGACUCACCUACCUGCUGCAGGAUUCCCUGGGCAAGGGCAACAAAACAGCCAUGUUAGUGCAGAUUUCCGCCCUGGAGAGGAACGUGGGGGAGACUAUGUGCUCGCUUAAGUUUGCCCAGCGGGUGUGUGCGGUGGAGCUGGGGCCUGCUACGCAGAAGAUCGACAGGACAGCCCAGUGCGAACAGUGCUCCUGAAUCGACCAGGGCCACCAACCGUCUCGGAGGACUACUACUACUCCUGGGCCUCGAAAGCAGACCCAAAGAUCUCAAUACUGACUAUGAGCCAAUCCGUCGAUUCCUAGGUGGACAGCCCGCGGAGGCCUUCCGUCAUCAUCAGCGGUUCUCCAGCAGACGCAGGAAUACGAGUGCUCCAUCGGGAACCAAAACCUCAGCUCAGAACAAUGAGGGCCUCCGAAUGGUGAAGAGGACAACAGCAAACAGCUUUACAAACUUCCAGCCUAAAAGCAGAUACUCAUGUCAAGUAGAAUAAGGAACCUCCUUUUAACACUGGUCAGCAGGGGGCGCUGUGAGUGCAGAACAUCUGGGUUUUUGCAUGUCUUGGCUUUCAGAAAUGGCAGCUCCUCAGUCGACUUGCAUGCAAAGAACUUGAAUGCUGGAGCCUCAGUGCCAAAACAAGUUGUACCUCACUGACCUGCAGUGCACCCCGACCCCCUAACAGUGAACAUUCUUGGUUUUACUGCAUUUACAGGAAACCAGGGCAGGGUUGGCUGAUCUCCACUUCAAACAGUCACAGCAGACUGCCCUGUCUUAGCGCAGUUAUCGCUCUCUCGCUAUUGUGAAGGGGUCCAGCCUCUAGAAAUGAGGUACAAAAGGAAAGGCAUCAUUCGCCUGGGACACUGUCGCAAUGUUAUUUAAAAAAACAACCAAUGUAAAAUAUAUGGCUUCGCCCUGCAGACUGUACCCUGACAGUCUGACAGUGGAGGUGCUGAGAUGUAAUAGCACCAUAUAGAAACGUCUGCUUAGGAAGUAAGACUCUGCUUUUGUGAAGUUUGAGGUGCAGCAGGUAUGCAACACAAACCAAACAUGAACCUUAGUGUAUUUGCCAUUUCUUACAUGUGAUUUUUAGCCCUUGGGAGAGAUUUAGUCAGCUAUCAUGUUACAUCUGUAGUACAGCGUUAACCUUUAAAAACAUUCACGAGAUUCUUUUCAACCUCAACUGAAUCCUACAUAGAAUCAUUUUUGGGCUUUUAAACGCAACUGCUAUUAGUCAGUGAUUAUUUGGUAUGUUUUAUUCUGUAGAAAUGGUUCUAGAGUAUAUUUAAAAGUAGUUUUAUUUAGUCAAUAAAGCCUCCCUUUAAGAUGCAUAUGUACAGUAUAUAUAUAUAUUCCUAUACACACCCGACUUGUGACAAGCUCUCCAAGUCAGUGUCCCUCGAGCCUGCCCUCGGGGACCCCCACAGCCCUCGGGGACCCCCGCAGCCCUCAUGUUUGCUGCCACAUAGCUCACCUGAACCAAGUAAUUAAGUAUAAACCGAUCAAGAACAGCAAAUAUCAGGUACAGGUGUUCGAGAGCAGAGAGCCAACAAAAAUGUGGACUGAGCGUCCAAGGACUGGGUCGUGUUAUCAAGUUAAAUUUCCAGGUCUAUGACAUAAUGGUAAAGUCAGUGCACUGAGUUUCACAGCCAGAAAACCAGUAAAGAGAAAUAAGCACCUUAAUGUUUAUGUGACUGGGUGUACUGGGCAACACAGGACUCUGGCUGCUGCAAAAGGUGAAGCGGAACCAAAUGGACAUCGGCACAAAGAUACCGAACUCAAAUCAUCACCUUGUCAAAAAGUUAAAUGAGCGUCAAGUGAAACAUUGUCAGCAAUGUGACCAGUGUGCCAACGACGUAGAGAGCAAUAAACCAGUAAAAACAAAAA